AUGGCGCGAGGCGAGCUUUCACGGACGCUAUGGUCAGCCGCGGAGGGCCUGCGAAGCGCACCACGACCCCAAUGCACGCGGACGAUGCGAUUACCGUACAGGAGUCUUCAGCCGGCAGCGCGCUUCAUCUCGACCACGCCGUCGCGCAGCGCCGAGCUCAUCAAGGAGACUCCCGAACCGACACCAGAACCAUUCACUGCUGCUCCCGAAUUUCAGUUCGAGGGAGAAGAGGAUAUCGAGGAUGGAGACAUGGGCCCGAGGGGUGGUAAGCGCUCGAAGGGUGGAAACAGCCAACAGAGCAACAACCAACUACUUCGCACCCUGCGCGUUAUACCGGCGUCUCGAUCGUAUUUCAGCGCAAAGCCAACCUUCAACGACGACUACCUCCAUGUUUCCGCUCUCCUCCGCAGCGUUGCCACGCUACCUACGAUAUCGAGCACCGAGGCUCCCAGGGUGGCAUGGAAGACGAUCGACCAAUACCGCAUCAUGACCAACGAACCGGUCAAGACGCAGCGAUUCCACAAGAUGAUGCACAUUGUCAAGCGAUUGAAUUUGGUGCACCCAUCUUUAAUGCCAGAGCAUAUCAAAAUAGCGAUGCGGCGGUUCAUGAAAGAUAGCCAGCCAGGUGAUGUCGUCCCUGAACCUCAGGUUCUGGACCAGUGGGGCCGAGCUAGAGGUGUCGGCCGCAGGAAGACUUCAUCUGCCGUUGUGUGGCUGGUGGAGGGAGAAGGCGAGGUUCUUGUCAAUGGCAAGUCCUUGUCGCAAUUCUUCGGACGUUUACAUCACCGCGAGAGCGCCGUCUGGGCCUUGAAGGCCACGCAGAGGCUGGACAAGUACAACAUGUUUGGAUUGGUUCAAGGCGGAGGAUCAACAGGCCAAGCAGAGGCGUUGACUCUGGCUGUUGCGAAGGCCUUGUUGGUACACGAGCCGGCAUUAAAGCCAGCUCUACGACGCGCUGGCUGCGUUACUCGGGAUCCAAGGAAGGUGGAAAGGAAGAAGACCGGUCAUGUCAAGGCGCGCAAGAUGCCAACCUGGGUCAAGCGUUAA